AUGACGAUGUUAGCUGUGAUGAUGAACUACUACUUUUUAAAGAAUACUUUAACAAGCAGUCUAAAGAUUGGGAAAAAAGCUGUUUACCUCGGAGUUGAUGAACAUGAAUACUAUGAGCACAUUCGACAGCAAAUAAGAGAAGAGUUACAAAAUCGAUAUCAUAUCUACGCGGACAUCUUUGUCAGGGAUGUAAAUUCAUUAUAUCAUGACGUGUGUUUCUUUGGGUCGCCUUGUCCAGAAGAACACUGGAUGAAAACGCCUGAACCAGGUGUUCUGAUUGCCAAUAAGUUUGGUGUAAUCGUCCAUUCUUUAAGCAUGUCAGGCAGUUUCACUAUUUUCCCGUUUUGGAGUGGUCCAGAAGAGAUUCAACAUCACAGAGCUCUUACAAUUGCCCUAGUAAAUGACGAGAACCAUUAUGUCAUUGUGGAAUUACAAGGAGGGUACCCAAUGCCUACAAUCAUGCCUUAUUGGAAUUUUUGCAACAUUAGCAUGUCUGUGGCUGGAUGGGAAACCAUGUAUAGGUGGCGUCUAGAAUUAUAUACCCAACUUUAUCGUCGUGAAAGUGGUUUUGUCGAUCUAGGAGAUUAA